CAGUCGAGGCAGUCGAUUACGAGCAGAGCUGGCAACGCACGUUUUCCUAGCUGAUUAGUGAAGGCCACACGGAGACUCGAUCGGGAACGGGCAGGCACCAAUAGGGAAACAGCGCAAUUAUGGUAAUCAACUUUGGGGCAGGUCCGGCCAAGUUGCCUCGUGAAGUGCUGUUGGAAGUGCAGAAAGAGCUGGUGGAGUAUGGAACGAGCGGGAUGAGUGUGAUGGAAAUGUCCCAUCGAGGAAACUUUUACGUCGGACUGCACGAUGAAACGUUGGCCCUGGUCAAAGAGCUUCUCGAUGUGCCCGACAACUACAAGAUUCUCUUGAUGCAAGGCGGAGGCACGGGCUUGUUCGCGGCCGUUGCCAUGAAUCUGAUGGGCAAAACCGGUAAAGCGGACUACCUCGUCACGGGAAGCUGGUCUUCGAUGGCAGCGAAAGAAGCGGCACGAUACGGCGCAGUGAACUGGGUAGUGCCUAAACAGGAUAAAUACACCGGCAUUCCGGAUUCGAAGCAAUGGAAUCUCGAUCCCCAAGCUUCUUACGUAUACUACUGUGAUAAUGAAACUAUCGGUGGAAUUGAGUUUGAUACCGUUCCCGAAACUAACGGUGUGCCAUUAGUUGUGGAUAUGUCCUCAAAUAUGUUAUCUCGACGCGUCGAUGUGAAAAAGUUUGGUGUUAUAUUUGCCUGCGCUCAGAAAAACAUUGGCCCAUCCGGUAUUACUCUAGUGAUAGUGCGAGAGGAUCUGAUUGGACACGCAAUGCCUAUCACGCCAACCAUCUUCGAUUUUAACGUCAUUGCGAAAGCGAACUCAAUUAGCAACACACCUCCUACAUUCAUCAUCUAUGUGAUGGGACGCGUAUUCGCGUGGAUCAAGCGACACGGCGGUGUAGAUGAGAUGUACCGACAAUCCCUAACCAAGUCAAAGCUCGUAUACGAUGUGAUUGCCCAAUCCGAUGGAUUCUAUUACUGUCCGAUCGAUCCACAGGUCCGCAGCCGGAUGAAUGUACCAUUCCGUGUUGGUGGAUCGAACGGAAACGAGGAGCUAGAGAAGCAGUUCCUGAAAGGAGCCGAAGCCCUUGGCAUGCAGCAACUGAAAGGGCAUCGGUCGGUUGGUGGAAUUCGCGCAUCGCUGUAUAAUGCGGUAACGGCCGAGGAAGCGUCGAAACUACAGCAAUACAUGUUGGAGUUUUUAAAGAAACACCACAAAGCCUAA